AUGGCAAUGAACAAUGACGUCGUUAACAGAGAAGAAAGAAGAAGAAGAAUUGUGGAGAGAGGGUCAGAUCGCAUGGCACUCAUAACGGGCCGUCUCCAAAGUCUCGUUCCUUCAACCCCACCUCCUUCACCAAUAUCUUCCUCAUCAUUUCCUUAUAAUCACAUGAGUUAUGCUGGUUCUGAGAAUAAGAAAAUUGCUAAAGAGGCCGUUUCAGAUGAUCAGGAGGAAAAAGACUGUAACAUUGGAAGCCAAAUUGAAUGUGGUCAAGAACAAGAGUACAAGAAAAAAAAUAUACAAACAUCUUCAGAAUCAUCAUCAUCAACAUUACUUCAAAUUAAACGACGGCCUAAAUUUUUCAGUUCCAAACGAUUAAAUUCCUCCAUCAUAGUUUCUGAGACCCCGCGCAUUUUCUGCGCCCUGAUAAUAGCUUUCUUGGUAGUGUUAUCCUAUGUUGACUAUCCCCUUUUCGGAAGGAACAUAGUGACGACAGAGAGUGUUGUGGCCUCAAGGCCUCUUUACAUUCUUCUACUAACUGAUGUGUCAAUCGUUAUCGCUCGAUUGCACCUCGAGAACCGAAGAGCCCCCGAGGAUGAAGGAGCAGAAGGACAGGAAGAAGAAGUGCUUCGGAUACGGGAUGAUGGGCAUGAUUGGACACAGGCGUUAAGGUUUUUGGAAAGAGGCUUGGUGGUUUACCAAGCCAUUAGGGGGAUUUUCAUAGACUGCAGUGUUUAUGCAGUGGUCGUCAUUUGUGGCCUUUCUUUGGUGUAA